CGACAGAUAAACAUGGCGAGAAAUGAGUUGGCAGAGAAGAAAUGUUGAUGAAGAUUACAUUCGUUAUUCAUUACGUUCCGUAGAUAAGAUGAUGUUUGGAAUGGGAGAGAGCUACUAAGGAAACAACAUCAUCAUGUUCAAAAUUGAGUCUUAUAUUGCCCCAUUGUUGUUGGGGUAUGUGGACAAGUAUGUCAAACUCAGCCAGGAGGAUUUCCAGGUUAGUUUGUGGGGAGGGGACGUUGUUCUCAACAACCUUGACCUUCGACUAGAUGUCCUUCAAGAUGUCCUACAGCUGCCCAUCAUGUUCAAGAGUGGACAUAUCCAUGAGCUGAGAAUACAUGUUCCUUGGACAAAGCUUGGAUCUGAGCCAGUUGUCAUCACGGUCAACACAAUAGAGUGUAUCCUCAAGGUCAGGGAUACUGCAUACGGGGAUUCCGCCAGUACCAAAUCUGGAGAAUCUCAGAGGAGGGCAUCACAGCAGGCACGAGCAAGAAUAAAACCCAAACGACCUGACCCUGCAGACGAGCUACCUCCAGGUUACCUACAAAGCCUGAUGAAUAGGAUAGUAAACAAUGUAAAUAUAAUCAUGAACAAUCUCAUUAUCAAGUUUGUGGAGGACGACAUUGUUCUUUCUAUAAAUGUCAAAUCUGCUGAAUGUUACGGAGCCGACAUGAAUUGGGACAGAGCAUUCGUGGACCUCACUGCAUCUGAUCUCAUUCUGCGAAAAGUAAUAAACUUUUGUGAUCUAACAGUAUGUCUGGACAAAACAAACACCAGUGGACGUAUUGAGACAUACCAAGAACCGAUCUUAUACCGGUGUUCUGUUUCAUGCAGACUCCAUAUGACAUAUGAUGGUGUUAAUGCCAAGCUGCCGCGUGUGACACGAUUCAAUGUGAGCUGUGAGAAGCUGCAUCUGUCCAUCUCGGACACCCAGCUGCCCAUGUUCCUGAGACUGCUGGAGCUGUGCAUUGCCCUGUAUUAUGGCACCGUGGACUUUGAUGUGGAGAAGGAGGAGCAGGAACAGGAGCCGGACCAGCAGGAGGUGGCCAGGAGUAGUGGCAACAACUCAGAACCAAGCCCUGAGUCUGAAGGGAGUCUGUCCGAGACAGAUGACGGCUGGAUGAACUGGGCAUGGUCCUUUGUGCCUCAGAUACUGCCCACAGAUGAAGAGCAGGAGUAUGGGGAGAACAGACCCAGGGGGAAGCCCUCUCCCCCGCUCUUGUCCAUAGGAUUCUAUGUACACCAGGCAUCUGUCACAUUUAAGUUGACGGAGAAGGUGAAGGAGUCGUCCAGCCAGUAUGCCUCUACUGGGAGAAUCAACUACCACCCCUUCCUGUAUCUGGACUCUGAGGGCCUCUCUGCCGACAUCCUGAUGCAUGGCAUUACCUUCUUCGAUGCACAGUGUGGGGUCACGACACUGCGUGUGUCCUCUGCGGGCAUGUGCAUCUGUGGGGUCAAGGACGAGGGAGAUCCAAGGAGCAUGGUGCUGCUGCAGGCGGGCGAGUCUCUGCUCAACAAGUCCGUGGUGAACUACAUCAGUCAGUCCCUGUUUGACCCCAAGUCGGCCGAGAACCAGGGUCAGGCUGCGGAGUUUGUCAGCGAUGGGGAGAAACACAUGGAGAGAUUCACGGAGCAGUUCGGCCUGCAGAAGUAUGGAGCAUUCUGGUUUGACUAUCUGUACUUCAUGACAGACAUGGAACCUACACACUCAGGCAGUAAGUCGUCUGUGACAGAUGAUGGGCAUGAGGCUCUGUUCUUCCAUGAGACAUCCAUCAUGAAGAUUCUGAUUGGUCCUUGUCACCUGAACGUCAGCUCGACCUUGUACCACCGGGUGGAGAAGUUCCUCCGCUGUGCCUGGGAUCACCAGUAUCAACCUUAUACAUCAUCCAAGUCCUUGACAACAGAGGAAGAUCGUCCUGAAGCCACGGAGGAACAGAUCAAAUCGAUGGAGGACUUCAUACCCACGCGCACCAUGCAUGUGAUAUUGGUACAGCCGUCCAUGACGCUGCUGGCGGCUGAGCAUGCUCAGUGUGAUGUUUCUAGAAAGAGCUACCGACCAGCUCAGAAGAAGGGAAAGGACAACAAGCCUGCCUCUGACCAGACCAGCAAGCUUGUCCUUCCUGGGGGUCGGAUGUCAGCAUCCAGGUUUGACCUGGAGAUCACGUCGCCUAUGUACCCCCGACGUUUGGUGAGGCUCGUCAGCAACAUCGCGGGGCCAUCCAGCAACCUCCUUUACCACUGCCACUCACACACAAAGAUUAAGGUGUUCCAGCUGCAUGUGGGGCUGCUGAAGGUGGACCCCUCCGGCACCCCCUCGCACCUCCUGACUCUCGUACCCCCCUGCUGUGGCUCAGUCUACUCCAAGUACCUCCUUCUUCCCAAGUACUGGACCAACACCUACCUGCCGCUGACGGAGUGGAUGUCCGAGAUGCCACAGCUCUCCAUCAACCUCACCAAGGCCAGUGUGCUGCUGAUGGUCAAGAUCACAUCUUCAUGGUUACAUAAGGAUCCACAACCUGGACAGUUUACAGAAGACAGUCUCCUCACCGACAUGUUCCCCGAGUCAGACCAGGAUAGGACCCCGUCUCAGCCAGUGUUGGAGAUUGUUGUGAGUGGGUGUGAGAUGAAGUGUUGUUCCACGGCCAUUGUAGACGCCUACACCAGCAGUGUCACGUCCGCACAGUUCGUACUCUACUUGAAAGAUCCAGUGAGCAAGUCCAACAGAGUUGCUCCCAUCUUCACAGGGCCGGCUGACACAGGGAGCCUGCAUGUUAAGACCUUCUUUGUACAGGAGGUGUGUCGUAAGGAUGUGCUGGGGGAUUGUCUCAACUUCACAGUGCAGCUGCCCAAAAAGAGGAAUGUGUCGGAAGCUCCUGCAGUGAUCUUGCUGAACUUGGAGGGCUGUGUGGCGUGCAUGGACCCUGCCUUGUUUGACUGGCUGAUGUACGUCCCUCGGUCUCGCCACUCCCUGUCAGCCUCGCGGCGGGAGGACAGCAUCACUGUAGAUCUGGCCCUGGCUCAGGCGGCAUCUCCUCUACAAGCCAAUAUGUCUCAGGUUUCAGUACAUUCCAGUAGUUCACUGACCAACCCCACAGGCUCGCGACCUUUGACCCAGUCCCAUACACACACAGCCUCCCAGCUUCUGUCCCCGAGAGAGAUGGACGAGGACGCAGCUGGGGGGAGAGGGUCACCGAGACAACAGGGCAUCGCAGAGAAAAUGGCAGAGUUGUUCCCCUUGAUCAAGAUGCUGCACAUUCAGGUUGAGAUUAGAAGCAGCUGUAUAUUUCUCCCUGACGUUUCCAUGGCGAUGUUGGAACCAAGCAUGGACAUUCCAGUCAACUUUCACUCAGCAUUCCAAGACGGCAGCGUCCCAAACACCCUGGUAGUGUGUCUCCCCUCCAUGGUCGUCAGCAGCUCCGGCGCCAAGCCGAUGUCAGUAGUGCAGGAGAUUCCCAUCACCACACUGGAUGGCUCCCUCAUAGGAGACAAGUUGCCAUGGUCCGUGAAGCUGGAGAAACUCACAGUGUAUUCCCUUCACAAGGAGAAGACAACUCUGUCUCUCUUCAAACCUCUCAAUGUAGCAUCAACUGUGGCCGUGACGUGCAAGUACACCCCUCCAACAUCAGACAACAUCACUGCCCUUGGGCUCUGCCUCCACAUUGAUAUGCAGCCCCCAACAAUAGCAGUGUCCAAAAUACAGACCCAGCUGUGCAUGUCUGUGAUCCAGAAGACGCUGAUGCUGGUCAGCAAAGGGACAGCAUUUUGCUUCCACCUGUGGAAGAUGCUCCAGCCUCAGAAAGAUGUACCUGUUGCUCAGCCGAUCUCCAGCUCUCCUGACAAGAAGGUGGCGAGUUCAUUGUCAUAUGACAAUGAUGUUGUGAUAACUGACCAAUCAGAAGACAUCUCGCGAGAAGAGAGCAGCCCUGUGCACGAGGCAGUAGGGGAGGACUCAAGUAGUUCCCCAGGGGUGAAGUUAUCACUGUGGACACAGCUCCUGGUGCCCAGAUUUGAGGUUAAGCUCUAUGGAAAAGAGAAACUAUCAACAUCAGAGACCUGUCUGACGGUUGUGGCUGAAGAUGUAGCAACCUCCAUCGACAUCCAGCAGGUAUAUUCCAAGGUCAAGGCUACAAUGGGGUCAUUCAACAUAAACCAUCUACAGAAAAGACAAGAUAGGCCAUGGGAGAAGGGCGCAUGUGAAGGCAUCCUGAUGUCCUGUCGCGGUGAGCUUCCCCGGGAUACUCUGAUUGUCAGUAACAAGCUGUGGACAUCGGACAGCCAGCCUGUUGUCCCUCUGUUCCCGUCGUCUGAAGGCAUGCAGAGGGAGCAGACCAGUGGCUUCCUCACGUUCACCUUCACCAGAGCUUUGUGUAAAAACGUGUCCAAGAAGAUGAAGAAGAUGAACAUUGAGCUGUCCGAUUUGACAGAAAAUGAAACCGAAUCCUCAUUUGAUGAGCUCUAUUUUCACGAUUAUAUAUCCGAAGUUUGUUUGAAGACCGAUCCAUGUGAUGUUGUGUUGUAUCUACCUGUUUUUGAAACUCUGGUUGAUAUAUUUGAUUUUGGAAGUCCGAGUCCAGAUAUGGCUCUCACAAAGUCGGCAAGUCAGAGGCUGGUUUAUGCUCACAGCCACCACAGAAAGAAUCAGUCACCACCUUUUUUCUCAGCAGGUAGCCUCCCUUUGAUUUAUGCAAAUAUUGGCAGUGUCAGGGUCAUACUGCCUGACCCUGAUGGAGGCCAUCUUGAAAUGGGACAGGACAAGACAGGAAGUGACAAAUUGAAUGAUGGGACAGACAAGAAUGAAUCUGGAGAUGAUUCAGGAAAGUGUAAACGGUUAAAAACUACUCUUGACCAUGAUAUGAUAGUUGCUCAGCUACAUUCCAUAACGGUGCAGCCAAGGGCAGACAACCCACUCCCCCGAGAAGCAGUAGAGAAGGACUUGUAUCACCGAGCUCUUCACUCUGGCAUUGCACAGUACCCUGGCAGUGCGGUGGAGGACCGACAGUACCAGGCAGACUUCAAGGGAUUCUCUCUGUGUACAGGUUGUUGGGGGGACCUUGUGCGAGAGUCGAAGCGUGUGGAGAAAUACAAGCCUCCAGUCAGCCCAGGUGUACAGAUACCUGCCCUUGAGUGGAACACAUUCCUGGCACUACAGCAAGAAGAAAGGGAAGAGGUCCGUCUGAUCCCCAUGGCAACAGCCUUUGACUUGUGUCUCGUCAUGGCACCUGCCAUUGUCUACAGCAGGAAGGAUCCUGCCGAAAAUCUGAAAAAGUAUGUCCUUGUCUGUGGGUAUGCUGCUGAGAUGAAUGUCACAAGUGACCUUGACCUUUAUCUCAGUACCAACCAAAUUCACUUUAUGUCAGAGUUUGCAAGAAAGAGUAUGACACACCUCUCUGGCAAAUCAGAAAAAGUCACAGCAAAAUCCACUGGUACUGGGAGGUCAAGGUCAUCAGGACGUGCCCAAGAGCACCAUGGGAUAGAUAGCGGUGUUGAAAGUGACAUCUCAACAGUGACUGCAGACAAACCGAGACAUGUCAAAUCUGCAUCUUCAUCAAAGGUGGUCACCCCAGUUGACCUUGGUCUUGGGUCAAAGGUCAUGCCAUUCCAUAUUCUCCUAACAGCAGGACGCAUUUCAUGCACUGUGUAUACCCAUAAUACUUUGAAAGAUGACAGUUUGCAUGCAGCAAGUAAAGAUGAGAAGCAUAAAAAAGCUGUUCACAAAUCUAAGUCUGCUGCAACACUGAAAGGAGAUAACCUUGAACAUUUAACAAGCAACAUCUCGUCACCAGACAGUGACGAGUCGUAUCUGCAACAGUAUGACACUUGCUCUGACUUUGAGUUUAUGCACAUAAACAAUGAUGGCGACCUGGCCAAGAAGGUGGUGGCACCUGGAACUGUGUGUUUGAAACCAUUUCUCUACCUGUACUUUGCUCAACCUCACACGAUCAUCUCCUGUCUGACGUCCAGUCAGAGGUUUGAGAUGUCGUGUUACGACAUCAUCGUGAAGGGACCAACCAGCCAAUCAGUCAUUCCAGUUGACGAGCACCGCCUGCUGCCUGAUUGUUCAGACUUCAGCAGUUACUGGAUUGAAUCAAGGGCGGGGCAGCCACACCCCAAAACAGGCAUCCCCCCGAGUCUCUACACCCUGCAGAUCACCGACUUCCUGCAACAACCAGCAUGUGUGACCUUGAAGCUAGAGCGUCCUAUCAAAGUCAACCUGAGCCUGAAUAAGGUAGAUCAAAUCCUGGACUUUGUUGAGGAGGUAACCACAACCUCAUCUCCGUCCAGCCAGCACAGGGAGUCGCCCAGGGCAGACGUGGUGAUGGAGGUGACGUCAUCACACUCCAGUCCAGGUAUAUUCUCAAGCCUGGAUCACUUGGAGUUUAUGACAGAUCAAAUAGUGGUUGCCGUGGAGACGGUUCCUGAUGAUCAUUCUCCUGGAGUCAUGAUAUCCACCUCCUCACUUCGGGUGAUCACGGAGUUCCAACAGGCCAAACAUGGUGUGUCAGACUCUCUUGGCUGUGAGCUGUUCCUCAAGGACCUCCUCAUGAAGACUGUCCUAGACAAGAAGACUCGCUCACUGCUAGGUCCUGCCUCAGUCAAUCUGGAUCUGUCUCUGGUCUGGGCAGAGCAUAGUGGACCCCCUUUGUUCCCACAGAUCAUCUUCGCUGCUGAGACAGGCAUCCUGCCGCUGUAUGUGGGCCAGGAUCAAGUGGUGUGUCUGCAGCUCCUGGCUGAGCAGGUCAACAAGUUUCUCCAGAAGCGAUUUCCCAGCAAAGAGGUGCAGCCUGAAGCUACCCCUGACAGUAGUGUUGGUGCAGGUGAUGUGACGGUGGCAUCAGGGGGGUCACAGUUCAUCCACAACACAACCACAGAUGACCUGAGGACCGCUGGCUUUGAGUACAUUGUAGAUCACGAUGGAUCAGGCCUGAAGGCAAAUCCUGGUGAGAUUGUCUUCACGAGCAGUAACAGCACUGAGGAUGGCAACAGCACGAUGACCUGGACGUACUACCAGCCACGGGUCCUCUCUCAUGUCACUGUCAUGCCAGUGCCCUUCGGUCUGUCAUCAGACAACAGACCAGACAGAGUCCCAUGCCUCCUCCAGUACUAUGACAAGGCCUCCCAGCAAUACCUGGGCCACAUAGACUUCUCCCUGACAGAGAACCAGAGCUUCUCCCUGCCCCUGCCGGAAGUGAGGGUCAGCAACAGCCAGGACCUUGUGGUGGCCCAGACCUGGAGAGUCAUCAUCUACCGUGACGAUGCAGAGGAGGGGGAGGAGGAGGAGGGGGAGGGGGAGCAGUUACCUGUCAAGGAAGACAACUCCGAGAGAGAUAUCAUGGUUCUCCCAGCCUCCCUGGCAGCCUGUAUGUCUGUAGACUCCUGCUUUGUCCCAAGCCUUAUUCCCAUCUUCCAGGGAUGUGUAUCCAUGGCAACCAUUCAGCUACACCUCAUCAAUCACCUCCAGUAUUUAGGAAAAGGAGUCCCCACCAAGCUGGCUCCCUACAUCAUGAUGUCUGCUCAACCCGAGGAGCAGAAGUUUGCCGUGGUCACUGUAGAUGAACUCUCCGCCUCUUUCUCACAUCUGUCAGGUCACAUCAGCAGGUCCGAGGUUCAGGUGUCGACCACAGUGGGGCUGGAGGUGUUGGAGCAUCGCAACCUGACGAUGGACGCUGUGCUGCAGCCCACCAUGCUGGACGGCUACCUGGUGGUGCUACACAGAGAGAAGCCCUCGAUGGUGGAGUGUAACUGCAAGACUGGCCCAGCAGUGGUGAGGGUGGGGAGCGGGGCGGUGCACACACUCACCACAUCUAUACAAGCAUGGAGUAUGCUGGGUGGAAAAACUGGUGUGAACAAGGCCCAGGCUGUGUUUAGCCACAUUGUUGUCUGUAAUGACACACAGCAGACCGUCCGAUUCGGCCAGGUUGGUACGGAUGAGAACUUGGCUCUGGCCUCCCGAGAGAUGAACUGCUACAGCUGGAGAUCCCACAAGACGAAGCAGCUGCUUCACGUGUGCAUGGACCAGCCCAGCUGGAAGUGGUGUGACCCCUUUGACAUCAACACCGACACAAGCGUGAUCCGAGCUGUGACAGCCAAGGACCAGAGUUACACAGUCAUCAUUAAGAUCAAGCAGCUCACCAACACCCAGAAACAGAUCAUCAUCAGUGGCCAGCUUGUCAUGUCCAGUCGACUGUCUCAGCACAUGGAGGUCAGUCUGAUGACCUCAAGGGGAGACAAGUCUGUGAAGGAGAGCACAUGCAUCCUAGGUGCUGGUCACACAGCGCCCUCGUUCAUCGUGGAGCAGGAGGAGGUGGUGGGGGUGAAGUUCCGGGUGCUGGGACUGAAGACGACGUGGUCGCAGGAGGUGCAUGUCAAUGGAGACAGGAUGAAGGAGAAUGGACUGAUCAAGAUUCCCCUCCCAGACAGGUCUACCUACAUCCAUGUCUGGUGCCGGAUCUUCUGUCAACACUUCAAACACCAAGUGCAGACUCUGGAUACUAAAUUGAUAAUGACUGCAACAAAGCGAAUGGUGCUGCUCACCCCCUUGUACAUCCUGCGCUCCCACCUGCCCCGCCCCCUCUACGUGGACAUGGACACGCCCAGACUGAAACAGAAGCAGCAGCUGCAGGUGUCGGGACAGGCAUACGAGUAUCAGCUGCACUGUGUGGGCGGGGACAUCACCCACAACCUGGCCUUCAGAUUGGCUCCCACCCUGCCGAAGUCCAGUCCCCCUCUAGUGCUGUCCACAGGCCUGAUUGACCAGGUGGAGCACCACAACCCAGGCAGGGUGGACAUAGACCAACUGUGUUAUGACCAGCCCACUGACCCCUCUCUCACCUGGCCAUACUGCUUCCCCGACAUCGACAAUCUGGAGUCCUUUGGCAACUUCCCUCCCACCAAGACAUCCUGCUUGUCUGAGGCUGAGACCGAUGUCCAGCAGCCAAGUGUGGACCUGAGUAUCCGCUUGUCGGAGUACAUGCCAGGCUGCAGCACCCUCCUGGUGGACAUCACACCCUGGUGCCUCAUCACCAACCUCAGUGGCAUCACCAUCGUCCUCCUCAACACUACAGGCAAACUCUCUGACAUCCCACACGGCAAGACCUACACACCUCCAGCCUUCCAGAGCAACGAGUUCCACGUCGGCCUGUACCACAAGGGUAAGGUGUUGGCCACUCCAGCCAUCCCUAUAUCGGAGGACGAGGUCGCCAACAAGAGGUACAGCCCAGAUCUCGGUCGUGUGCUGUUUGUGGACGGAUAUGUCCAUACAACCAUCAGGAUCCCCGGAGACACCCCACAGGCGGUGUUCCUCACCAUUGUCUCUGAGAUGAAGCAGGACAUGAGAAUAGUCACCGUCAGAGAGAGGUUCGCGAUCACCAACUUGACGUCUGCUCAGUUGGAGUUGCGUCUGCUGGCUGUGCCACUGGGUCAUUCCAAGGUCAACUGGAGGAACAUGAGCUACUCUCAGUCUCCAGAACUCAUUCCAUCACACAAAAAUUUAGAAAAGAAGGAAGAAAAUGUAUGCUCUCUUUUGACAUGGAGUUUGAUUCCGCCUGAAAAAGUAGAAACUGAAGACUCAAGGUUUGUUCACUACCUUGCAAUAAGAGAAACAAUAGAUUCUUCAGAAAUGGAGAGUUCGAAAUGGUCACUACCUCUCAGACUUGCUUCAAACAAAGAUGGGGCUAGGUUGUGUGUUUCUGUGCCAAAUUGCAAACCAGAUGAGGCUUGUACGAAACCUUAUUGUGUCACUGCCAAAAUUCAUGAUGGAGUUACGUACCUUGUAAUGGAGAAGGACCGUGGACCAGUGUGUGUCAUCAACAACAACUGUUCCUUCCCAAUCAUCUUUGGUCAGGCUCUGAUGAACAUCACACUUUCAGGUACUGUGGUCCAGGAGGAGGCAGAGCUACUGGAUGACCUCCCGACUCUUGACCCAGGUAGCUCCACCCACUACACGAUGCCUUACGUUAACAACCAAUACCCUGCAGCAGAUGCCAUCACACAUCCCAGAAUGCAUUUCUGUGCAAACUUGUCUCAGGAUGAUGGCUCCUUCAAACGGAGUAUGUGGAGCAAUGGGGUGGAUGUCAUGUCGAACAAUGACACAUUCGUCAAACUUCCCGAUGUAGCUGACAUCAAAGUUCAGUCCAGGAAGGUUGCCAUGGUAACACACAUCACAAUCGAACCAAUCAGCAAAGCAGAAAUAUCGGCCAAGGAGAUCCGUAGUCGGUUAAAAGGUGCGGAAACAGAAACUAAAGUGGUUGAAGUGACUCCUGAAAGCAAUCAGGUUACAUUACCUGGGGUAGAUGUAUCGAAAACUGAAAGUAAACUUGUAAGGAGGAAAGACAAAUCCGGAUCUGUGUAUGUAGCUGGUGUAUUCAUUGAGCAUAUCUCCUUUGUAAUGAUGGAUGAGACCACGUCGACAGAGACUGUGUCAGAGGUGUUGAGGCUGUGUUGUGACAGCGUCUACGCUGCCCACUUCCCGGUCAGCACAUCAGCAGACAGCACGGAAGCCAAGUCGUGCAUGUCCCUGUCUGUGGGGACGAUGCAACUGGACAACCAGCAGUACGGCCAGGGGCAGUACGACUUCCCUGUCCUGCUGGUCAAGCAGAAGACUCAGAAUAUGAACAUGCCAGACCUCGAGAAGAUGACAGUGACGGAGAAGCAUGCUGUGCUCCGAUUGUCCAGCUUCCUCCAUGCUCAGCUGGUUCUGACUGCUGAUGAUGCUGGCAACACUGUGACUGAGUCUGUGGAACUGUCCCUUUCUCCCCUCUCUCUGUACAUAGAUGACACCUUCAUUUACAGGCUGCUCAGGGAAAUGGAAGCAUUCAUUCCCAAUAUUUUACACUGUGAUAUCAACAAGCCAAUCAAGGUGAAACGUUUGCCCAAGAGUGUUAAAUCAACUGCCUGUGCUUUGAGCCAGCCUGUGAGGAUUCAUUAUUUGUGUAUUCAGCCCAUCAGUAUGUUGUUGAGCGUCCAUGCUUCAAUGAAGUUGUUCCUGGCCUCGGAUCAUACUCCCCUGUCGUUCGGGAAGUUUGAGAGGAAGAACUUGUACACUAGUAGUCAUCAGUUGACCAGAGCACUGGCCAUGCACUACGCUUCGGGAGCCAUCUUCAGAGCAGGUAUUGUUGUUGGAUCCCUUGAGAUCCUGGGAAACCCGACAGGCCUUGUGCGGAGUAUUGGGACAGGAGUGGCGGACAUGUUCCGGCUGCCAUACACAGGACUUACACGUGGACCCGGAGCCUUCAUUGGCGGAAUAUCGGGAGGAAUGUCGUCCCUGUUGAGGAAUGUUUCAGCUGGAAUGAUCACAUCAGUGACCAACUUCGCGUCCAGUGUUUCGAGGAACAUGGACCGCCUCUCUCUCGAUGAAGGCCACCUCCAGCGGCAGGAGGAGAAUAGACGUAAUCGCCCUGUUGGUGUGUCCGAUGGGCUGAAGCAGGGACUCACAGGCUUCGGGAUCAGCUUGCUGGGUGCUGUGGCAGGCCUAGCAGACCAGCCUAUCCAGAGCCUCAUCAGCCACUCCCAGUGUGAGCGGCCAGCGUCCACAUCAGCUACAGCAACAGGAUUGGUGGCAGGGAUGGGGAAGGGACUGGUGGGCAUUGUCACCAAGCCUAUUGGUGGAGCUGCAGAGUUUGUCUCUCAGACGGGACAAGGUAUUCUCCAUGGAACUGGCCUAGGUAAUCUCCCUGAACGGCGGCAUCCUCCAACACCUCAACCCUGCUGUGAGGCCAAGAAUGGAGUGUACAAGUACACACAGAAGAUCUUCAGUUCGCUUCCAGCCACAGAUAUUCUGCUGGCCGUUGAUGGCCUUCACCUUGACCUGACAGGGUUGGAAGUGGAGGUCACCCUGCUGUUGACGCCUGAGAUCCUGUUUGUGGUGAGCUCAGAGGAAGAUUCUCAACAGCAAGCAUUUGCUGUAGGUGAGCUGGAGAUGACGGAGUGCCCUUCCGAUGACACACUCAUCACCAUCGUCUGGAAUGACAAUUAUUACAAGACUACUGUUGAGUCUGAGGCAUCUAACAAGGACAGGGUGGCAGCCUUCAUAGAUUCAGCACCAACACUUGCUCUGCCAGUCAGUGAGGAUGUGUCUGUCUCAGAUAGCCAGUCAGAGUCCAUGUCUCCAGGUGGCACCCACAUUCUGGUACCCCAGUAUCAGUUCCGCUUUGCACCAAACUACAGGGAGCUCUUCUUCACCAUGUUUCAGCAGGCCAAGAACAAUAUACAGGGGCGGGGGUUCUCAGUGUGAAUUUGAUGGCCAAGAACAUCUUCAGUGGCGGGGGUUCGCGGUGUGAAUUUGAUGGCCAAGAACAUUUUCAGGGGCCGGGCUUCUCGGUCUGAAUUAGUUGGACAAGAACAUAUUCAAGGACGAUGGUUCUCAGUGUGAACUAGAUGGCCUUGAACACCUUCAACGGCACAGGUUCUCAGUAUGAAUAAGAGGGACAAGAACAUCUUCAGUGGCGGGGGUUCGCGGUGUGAACUAGAUGGCCAAGAACAUCUUCAAGGACGGUGGUUGUCAGGGUGUCAUGGACAGUGGUUGAAAUGCACUGAAAUACAUAAACUCUGAAUGGAGUUCUGAGCUAAACAUUAUCUAUUUAGAACCUUGUGGGUAUUGUUGAACGUUUGAUACCCCUGAAUUCCUUAUGACAUUGUUUGAAACUAUAUUGUUUACCACAUAUUUUAAUUCAGUUGCAUAUGUAUUGAAUACAGAAUUCAUGUUACUGCAAAUAUUACAUCGUAAGAUUGUACAAGAAAAAUAUUGAUAUACUGUGAUAAGUCCACAAGAUUUCCAUGUUUCAAAUCCCAAUCUGAAACAUGUUAAUCCAUGACUAUAAGAGGUAAUUUGAUUUAAUGAAGCUAGAUACUGAACAAGUAUGUUCUAGUGUGAACAAACUAGCUUGUGGCUAGAAAUAGUCUGCAUUGGUUUGUAUACCAGACCUUCACAGACAGUCAAGUCAAAGAACCUGGAUUGUGAACAGUUUUGUGGAAUCAUUUUCCAGAAGUGUGAUAUUGUACAUAUUAAUUAUAAAUCCACAGCGUGUGUGGAAAAAGUGAAGAGCUGCAAGAGUGUUCUGGUUUUCUGUGAUUCCGUUGUCUGACCCUGGGUAGAAAGGGCAGAUUGUCAAGAUAUUGAUGGGUCCAUUGGUACAAGUGCAGCAUUGUAUUUUUGAUUUGUAUUAAAUUAAAACUGGCAGUAUAUGGACACUGAUAGUUCUGUGUGUGCGGUGUAUGAACAGACUGUAUAUGUAUGUGUGUGUAGAUGUUGAGAGGUCUCUGUCACAGUGUCACUGCUAUCACAGCAUGAGUAGGACAGUAUUAGAUGAACACAAGGCGUGCUGCUAUUGUACCAGGACUGCAUAUUGUUCAACACUGGUAUGCACAAGAACCCUAUUUAUAUGUAAGUGCUCUCCACAGUUAAAUCACCCCAAUGUUUUGCUGAUGAAUGAGUUAUGAUUCGAGUAAUGUCCUUUGUAUAUGAGGUUCCCGCCAUCCAGAAGGCGGGGUCUCCGGACUAACGGGGCUUGUGUCUACUUCUUGAGUCAACGCCAUGUAUAACCCUGUACAGGGAAAGAAUUGUAAGGAUAAUCUUACUUACCACUCCUGAGGGAUUAGAAAUUUUCAUUAUGAUAAAUGUUAACUAUCUAUGGACUUUCUCUUGUACCUAAAAUCAAAGAUAUCCCAGUUUGUGAAGAAAAUAUAACAUGUUUUUCUGCAGUUGGAGCUGUUCAAUUUUGGAUAUUGGGUUCAAUGAUGAUGAUGAUGAUGAUGAUGAUGAUGAAGAUGAACAUUCCAAACCUAUCCAUAACUAACAUGCACCUUAUUUUUACCAGAGGAAUGCUAUGUCCAUCGCAACUCAUAACAAUGUAUAUUUUAUUUGGCUGCUGGUGAAUGUUAAGUGUAAGAUGUGCUUAAUUAACUCGCAGUUUGUUUAGGCAUGUGUAAUGUUUGAAUUUGAGUAGUCACAGGUUUUCUGGCAUUGCUGUUAUGUCCACUGCAUGGCAGCAUCUUGGCCAUGCUGAAAGACUAACUGAUGAACAUUCUAGCACUCAGGUAGUGUGUUUGAACAGGUCUCCUGCACCCCAGCAUCAGGCUUGUCCACUGCAUGGCUGCAUCUUGGCCAUGCUGAACGACAAACUGAUGAACAUUCUAGCACUCAGGUAGUGUGUUUGAACAGGUCUCCUGCACCCCAGCAUCAGGCUUGUCCACUGCAUGGCAGCAUCUUGGCCAUGCUGAACGACAAACUGAUGAACAUUCUAGCACUCAGGUAGUGUGUUUGAACAGGUCUCCUGCACCCCAGCUUCAGGCUUGUCCACUGCAUGGCAGCAUCUUGGCCAUGCUGAACGACAAACUGAUGAACAUUCUAGCACUCAGGUAGUGUGUUUGAACAGGUCUCCUGCACCCCAGCAUCAGGCUUGUUGUAAGAGCCAGCUAAUGAGGAUUGGUCACCUGGCUGAUUGGGUGUCAUUGUUCCCUGUUCAUAUACCGGUACAUAUGCUCAUGCUAUGGACCACAAGUGUCUCUGCCCAGAUUCCAGUUACAGGCUGCCCUGAUAUAGAAGACUGUGGUGUAAAACAAUAUUCACUCACUCACUCACUCACACAGGGAAGAAGAUAAAUGGAUGCACAUUUUGUUCGAUUGUUUUUACCAAGGUGUUAAUAUUUUUGGCAAUCUUUAUUGUUUUGUCCAUGCUUUAUCUAGCUAUAUGCUUUCUAUGCAAUCAAAUGUGUUGGUAUGUUUCACAGCUCUGUCCUGUGUGGAAAAAAUAAUCUGCUAUUUGUGGGUCUGAUUUGAUGUCACUUAAUCAGGUCGUCCUAAGUUCGAUGAUGCUUUCUUACUGGGGACAGAAUAAGUUGUUGAGAAUGAUCGCACAGCUGUCUGACUAUAGAUAUGAGGUAAUGCUUUCCCCCAGUUAUUUGGUUCUGUUGAGUCAGAUAACUGAUAAAGUUUGGUUACCUUCAGUGUCAUGGGGUGAAGAAACCCAUUUUCUUCAGUGAUCAAUGGCUGCUCUUUUAUGGUAAUAUUUUGAAUAGAUCUAGAUGGGAAUAAUAUUUUUGAAGAUGUCAUUUAUAAGUGAGACUUCAUUUCUUGAAAUGACCACUUUGUGAAUUUGUGCAAGAUUAUCUUUUUUAUUCUUCAAUUUUCUUUUCAGAUGAAUGGUCAGAAAAGUUUGUGUAUAUCAGUAAUUUUUUUACAGUUUGACAGCUCCUGUCGACAAUACAUUGAAAGUACUGUGCAUUUGUUUGAAAAGAAUAUUCAAAAGAAUGAUAAAAUGAUUUUGAUGUGUUUUAAUCUUUUGACAUAUGAGAAUGCAAAAGACGUAUGUUGUUUUUUUACUUUUUCUAUCCUGUAUAGUCAACAGUAGUCACAAUAGUUUCUUAUCAAUAUUUCACAAAGAGUCAUAAAGAAUCAAUGUAAUAUGUCUGUCAUCUGUCAUGGCCAUGAGACAGUUAGGAUAGAUGUUUUGUCUCGUGGGUUUCACCGAAGUGGUAAACGUGUAAGACCUGCAUCACUUCGGGCUUUCCUCCCACAUUAAGCUGACAUGCUGUGAUAUAACUGAAAUACUGUUAAAAGUGGUGUUAAACACAACUCACUCACUCACUCAGAUGUUUUACUCCUGUAUGAUUCCUCUCUGCAUGAAGAUCUAAUGACUCCUGCAUAGUAGGGUGUGUCUGCAGGUGUAUAGAACCAUUCGGCUUCUUUUCUGUACAACCUUGAUUUGGAAAUCUUGAUUUAAACAAAAGAAAAUCAGCACACAAAUGUUCCUUUGAUCAAACUUUUUUUGGGGGUUUGAUGCCAUGGCAGUCAGAAAUGACGGGGUGUAUUAAAUACCCACAACAAUUUCAUGGCACAGCCUUGAUUAUUUACAAAGGUUAAAUACAGGUUAAAUAUUGUAGGCAUUGUUAUCCCGACAACUGAUUUCAUACAUUGUCAGAUUCAUUAGACACAUCAUGGCUCACCUGUCUCAAAUUGUGCUGUAAACACUAGAAAAUCUAUGUAAACACUAGAAAAUCUAUGUAAACACUAGAAAAUCUAUGUAAACACAAGCCAAUAGGGAAAUAAGCCAUGUUAAUAGCUGUUGUCAUUUUGUAAUCAGAGGAUAUAUUGCUUUGUUCAUCCAAGUAAUACUUAUUAUGACGUAUGCAAAGCAUUGUAUGUUUUCUUACUACAUAUCUGACUACAUAUUCUUACUACAAAUAUUUCAAAGUUUUCCAUUAUUUUCAAAUUCACAUUUCCAGUGGGCAGAAAAGGAUGUAUCUUGUCUGAUCUUGGACUCAAAGAAAGCAUUAACUAAUCAUAUUGAAAACUGUCCCCAAUAACAGAAAAAAUACAAUUCUCAAAUUGACAAAUAACUAAACCUAGUUAGUGCCAUUUCAUUCUUUGAGACACUUUUUUUAACUCUGGUAUUUUUUUAAUGAUUUUUCCUAACCAAUUAGCUUGGGCAGGUCCAAAUAAUAUAAACUGUGGUUGACCAAUUGUUUGGGUUGGUCUGGCAAAUAGAAGUAAGUUGACCAAUUGCCUUCUUUUUGGCAGAUUGUAAUGUUUUGCUAUGGUUGAUCCAAUCUCUAUGCUGUAUUUUCCUAGCCACCUUAUGACCAUGUGACAGUUUCUGUAGGGCUGUAUCAUUUACUGCCAGUACUAGAAGCCAUUCCAUGUCCUGUUCUGAAAUAAGAUAUAUAUACCAAUAAUGGUAGCUUCCUGAAUUUUGUGCAAGUGCAUUUGAGCAAUUCUGAAAGCUGGUCAGGUUAAAUAGUAUGAUGUGAGAUUGUUCUAGAGUACCAUUCAAUAUGAUGUCAUAUGUUAGCCAUGGCACCACAAACUGAAGACAUUACAUCAUGAGAACUAUACAUUGAUUGGCAGUUUCUUGGAAGCAUGUUAUCAUUCAUAUCACAUAUUGAGUAACCCGCAGUAAUCGGACAUGUCAGAAUUAGGCGAUUCUGGGUUAGGUUCCAAGCAACCUAUGCUUGUUGAAAGAAGCGACUUAUUGGAUUGGGUGUUCAGAUUUAGUGAAUUCGGUGAUUGUCUGUCAUCAUUUCCCAAUUGCGUGGAUUGAUGGUCGGGUAGCCUAGUGGUUAAAACGUUCGCUCAUCACGCCGGAGACCCGGGUUCGAUUCCCGACAUGGGUACAAUGUGUGAAGCCCAUUUCUGGUGUCCCCCGCCGUGAUAUUGCUGGAAUAUUGCUAAAAGUUGUGUAAAACCAUACUCACUCACUCACUCUAGUCCAGACACAAUUAUCUAAAGCCCCCAUUCUACAGCUGAGUGUGGCAUUCAAUAAUAGCCAACCAACCAGAACAAUGGGUCAUCUGUAUGUUAUGAAUGAGAUGUGUAAGUCCCCUGUUUAUGCUUCAGGACAGAUAGCCAGAAUUGUCCCACAGGAAAUAGUUACUACUCACUACUAUAACUAGUACAAUACAGGAAGCAGUUAUUGAGAGACAGAUUGAUGACUACUUCUACCUGUGAAGAUCCGGGGUAGAAUAGGUCUUCAGCAACCCAUGCUUGCCGUAAAAGGAGACUAUGCUUGUCGUAAGAGGCGACUAAUGGGAUCGGGUGGUCAGACUCGCUGACUUGGUUGAUGCAUGUCAUCGUAUCCCAACUGCGUAGAUCGAUGCUCAUGAUGUCAAUCACUGAAUUGUCUGUUCCAGACUCGAUUCUUUUAGACCGCUUUCAUAUAGCUGGAAUAUUGCUGAGUGCGGCGUUAAACAACAAACGACUACUUCUGGUGAAUCACAGUGAGACCUCAGCCUCUAAUAUACCAUUACCCUGUAUGCUGUUCUAGGUGUCAGAUAUGUGCGAGUGGUGGUUUAGAUAAAUUGUUCACAUUUAGAUACAGUUUGUUGUCUGGGUGUUUGACAUUUUAGACAAAGUAUUUUCAGGAUGUUUAUCUGUACAGUUUUAUUUUUGUUUAAGGUGAUAGAUAUGUUUGUGAAUGUAUGUCUACUCUUGUUGAUUUGUUGAUUCCUUUUACUGCCCAGGAGUGUCAGAGUUAUGAAAAUGUAAGACAGCGUCAUGUUGAGGCAGGUGCCAAGGGUCGAUAUAUUUUAGGUGUUUCACUAUGAAAUGGUUUCCACUCAAAUUGUUCAUUUCAGUUCCUAUGAACUGAAAAGACUAUAUAAUAUCACUGGAUAAAUGUAUGCUUUGGGAUUUUGCUUGCUAUAAACCAAUACAAUUAUCUAUUAAUAGAAUAUAAUACAAAUAAUGGGAUUAAUUCUGAUGGGUUUGGUCUUACUUACUUUAUGGAUGGGAUAUGAGACUUGAGCGGGCAAAUGUUGAAUAAACUUUAUACAAAGGUGA